GACCCUCACUUUCUGCUCUAUGUGUGGAACUCAAGGGCCUGCGAAGGUUCCUGGACAUCCUCUUUAUCAUGAUCAUAGCCCAGUAACUCCAGAGCCAGAGGAGGCCCUUUUGCAAGAUGGAUACUUCAUAAUCCCCCCACAUCCUUCCAGGAACCAGAAGAUAGAGAGGCCACAGGACAGGGUAGAUGAGGACUCAGGUUCCACUGGCAGUUGGCCAUGAAGUCAUAGGGUUCUGUGAGAAAAAGAAGGUUCUAGACUAACUCAGCUGUACCUGUCUCCUUCAGGAAGAUUCACUGAAGAGGUGGGUGGAAGGGCAGGAGCCUACUACCUCAUACUUAACUGCUCUCGGGGCCACAGCCUCUCCUGACUCAUCUUCUCCCAAAGGGCCACAGUCCCCACUCCUGACCCUGUCUUCUCCCCAACAUCCAGACCUUCCCUCUUGACCCUCACUUCCCUAAGUCCCAUAGCCUCUCUAAAUCCUUUGCUCCCCUGACCCAAAGCCUUCUCUUCUGUCCUUCAACUGAUCCCCAGUCCCUGCAGCUUUCUGGCCUGGGAAUACUUGCCUCCCUCCAGCCAAUCUCAGCCACCCUGGCCUUGGUGUCCGGCUCUGGACAUCCACAGAGGUACUAAUGCCACAAAGCUGUGCUACAGGUAGUGACUGCUGGUGAAGCCAUGUCAGGUGAGUGGAGAGGGGGUGAACCUCUAGCAGGGCUGCUCUCUCCGACCCAGCAGGAGUUUGGGAUGGCACUGAGCAAGAUUACAUGAGCUCGCUAGGUUCCUCCUUCUGUUGCUAGCAGACAGCCCCUCGCUGGGGCUCUCACCUUCACAACUGAACACUGUCACACUCGAGGACCUGGAGCUUCUCUUAACAGAAGGCCUAACCAGUCCCGAGCCCUUGGGUGUGGAUACCUCAGAGAGGUAUGAGUCCAGUGGCCCAGCGUCCAGCUGCGUAGUCCCUGAACACGAUACCCCGAAGCAGCGGAAGCAGCUGGAGCAGUGGGUAGCUGAGCUUCAGGCUGAGGUGGUUCGCUUGAGGGCACACAGAGAACGCUGUGAGCAUGCCACACUGGGCCUGCUUCGUGAGCUGCUGCAGGUUCGUGCUCGUGUGCAGCUCCAGGCCUCAGAGCUGCGCCAGCUGAGGCAGGAAAUGCAACAAGUGGCCUGGAGCCCUGAGAAAGAGGCCUUAGAGCUGUCUGGGCCCCAGAGCCAGAACCAGAUACAAGCCCUGGAUAAAAGACUCGUGGAGGUCCGAGAGGCUAUGACACAGAUCAGGAGGACUCAGGUGCUACAGGACACAGAGCGGAAAUGUUCCGAGCAGGAGAUGAACCUCAGGGUGACCAAGCUGACUGAUUUGCUGAGGCAAGAGGAGCAGGGCCGGGAAGCAGCCUGUAGCACCCUGCAGAGGAACCAAGAGGACACCAACCAAAAAGUAGACCGUGGGUUGUCCAAGAUGCAGGACCAGGUGACUAAAUUCAGCGAGGAUAUGAGCAUCCGCUUCCUAAAGAGGGAGGCCAAACUGUGCAGCUUUCUUCAGAAGUGUUUCCUGGCCAUGGAGCAGAGAAUGAAGUCUUCAGAGAGCACACGUCUGAUGGCAGAAAGCAGCCUUCGAGAGGAACUGGAAAGCCGCUGGCAGAAGCUACAUGAACUGACAGAGGAGCGCUUGCGGGCCCUGCGGGCACAUCGUGAGGAGGAAGAAGGUCACCUGCUGGAGCAGUGUCGGGGCCUGGACAAAGCCGUAGUCUAUUUGACCAAGUUUGUGCGACAGAACCAGGUGUCACUGAAUCGUGUCCUGAUGGCUGAGCAGAAGGCCCGGGAGGCCAAGGUGAGCUUGGAGGAGAGCCAGGCCGGAGAGCUGGCCUCGUACGUCCAGGAGAAUCUGGAGGCUGUGCAGAUGGCUGGCAAGCUAGCCCAGCAGGAAACUCAGGGUGCACUGGAACUGCUUCAAGAGAAGAGCCAUGUCCUAGAAGGGUCAGUGGCAGGUCUGAACCAGCAGCUGAAGGACUUGAGUGACCAUUGUCUAGCUCUCAGCUGGAAGCUAGACCUGCAGGAGCAAACACUAGGCGUGAAGCUGUCCCAGGUGCAGGCUGCAUGGGAAGGUGUAGAGAGGGAGUCCCUGCAGGAUCUGGUCCGGUGGCUAAAAGAGGUCUCAGCUCACUUGCAGGAGGUGCAGGAAAAAGUGAACAACCUGCCCCAGCAGAUAGAAAAUGUCUCCAACAAGUGUGUUCUUCACAAGAGUGACGUGGACCUGAGGAUCUCUGCCGAGGGCAAGACCAGAGAGUUUGAGGUUGAGGCUGUGCGACAGGAGCUAGCCACCCUGCUGAUGUCUGUGCAGUUUCUGAAGGAGGAGAACCCCGGACGGAAGAUUGCGGAGAUCCAGGGCCAGCUGGCCACGUUUCAGAAGCAAAUAAUAAAGUUAGAGAACAGCCUCCAGGCCAACAAGACCAUCCAGAACCUGAAGUUUAAUAACGAGACCAAGCUGCGGACAGAAGAGAUCGCAACCCUGCGUGAGAGCAUGCUGAGCCUGUGGAGCGAGGAGGGCCCCUGGCCACUGACACUGGGCAGCAAGCGGGUGUUCAUGUCCCUGGUGAGGCAGCGGUUCUUCAUCAAGGACAUAGCCCUGGGCGACCUGGUCCCUGUGAACUCCUGGGGCGUGUAUCAGGCUGUGAGGUGGCUUCAGUGGAAGACAAUCCUCUUGAACUUGGUGUCCCACCAAAGGCCAGGAGCAAUCUCUGCGCUGACCUACUGGAAGCCUGCACCCAAGAUCCUGUCCCAGAAAUAAAGAUGCCAGUUCUUGUA